AUCGAUCUAAUUCUUCUUGGUCAUCAUCAUUAUCACUAUUAGACAAAUCAAUAUGCAUUGAAUCAUCGAUUGGAUCAUCGAAUUCUACUGAUAGUUGGUCUCGUUCUAUAAGAGAUAGUCAUACUCGUUCUAUAAGAGAUAAUCAUACUCGUUCCAUAAGAGAUAAUCAAUCUUGUUCCGUGAAAGAUCGUUCUCAUUCUAGAGGAUGUUCUUGUAACUUCAGAAAAUCGCAAACUCAAACCCCUAUCAUUCGAAAAUCAAGAUCACAAACUCCCAUUAUUUAUAAUCUGAGAGAACAUUUGCUUAAUAUUCAGGAUGAAUAUGCUCAAGAUAAACAUAUGCAAGAUGAACAUAUCGAAACAUUAAGCAAAGCUGUUAUGGCACUUACUGAAGAGGUUCAUAACCUUAAAAAAAAUCAACAAAUACAAAAUGAAUCAUCAAUACAAAGAGAUGUAUUCCUCCCUCUUAAAUCGACUACUGAAUAUCAUUAUCAUUCUCGUGUUGUUUUGGAAGAUAUGUUCGAACAACAAUAUAAGUUGUUUCAUGAUGAAGUAGUACAAAUCCUCAAAGGACUUGACAAUUCAUUGCAUCUCGAUCCAACCAAAAAAUGGAGUAAAAUCUCUCAACAUAUUUCAAAAAACAUUAUGAAGGAAAUUGGAAAGGUUUUGUUAGGUAGAUUUUGUUAUAAAGAGACAGAAUUAAAAUGGGUCUUACAGCAAUUAUAUCAUCAUCGUCGAGAACAAUGGAAGUUAAGCCUUGAUCUGAGUAAAGUCAAAUCCAAUAAGAAAAGAAAGGGAACUAAUUCCCGAAGAGGGGAUGACGAUUAUAAAGAUGAUUGCAAAUUAAUAAUAGAUGAAGGUAAGUAUCAUAGUGAUGAGGUAUCAAAGACCGAUGAAGAACUAGCAAAUGAAGAAAUUGCGGAAAACAUCUGA